CAGACUUGACCGAGGCCAGGUAAACAUUCCUGCCUGGCUAUUGUUCGAUGAAAUUUCUAUUUUGGUGUCAACUCGACGGAGACGCACGACAGACUAGACCAUAGUAAAUCCGCCGUACUUUUCUAUGUUGCGGCUGCAUUCACACGAUAAAGGGAGAAGGUGAGUGUGAGCUGAUGUGGAUCCAGUUAUCCCAGCAGCAUGGAUCAAUGUGAGGACAGAGAGGCCGGAGCCCCUCCCUCUCAGAAAAUCAGAGUUGGAGAAGAUGAGAGCCAGAGUAAAACUCAGAGGAACCAACCCGAACCUGGGUAUGAGCCCAGCUGUGUGUCCUUCAGAAGUGACUUCUCAAAGGAUUUACCUAUCAAUUUCAAAGACAGCAGUUCAGACAAACAAAAGAGCCAGGGUAAAGCUCAGAGGAACCAACCCGAACCUGGGUAUGAGCCCAGCUGUGUGUCCUUCAGAAGUGACUUCUCAAAGGAUUUACCUAUCAACUUCAAAGACAGCAGUUCAGACAAACAAAAGAGCCAGAGUAAAACUCAGAGGAACCAACCUGGAUAUGAGCCCAGCUGUGUGUCCUUCAGAAGUGACUUCUCAAAGGAUUUACCUAUCAACUUCAAAGACAGCAGUUCAGACAAACAAAAGAGCCAGGGUAAAGCUCAGAGGAACCAACCUGGAUAUGAGCCCAGCUGUGUGUCCUUCAGAAGUGACUUCUCAAAGGAUUUACCAAUCAACUUCAAAGACAGCAGUUCAGGAGUGGAACAUGUCCACAGAGAGAAGAAGGGGAGCGGAACUCAGUCUGCAGAUAAACCUCAAUCCGCAGAUGUUGGUCUGCAGGAGAUUUUUGGAGAACACCAGAUCAGUCUGAUGAAGAGCAGUAAACAUGUGGCUGAAGGAAUUGAAGAAGCAGGGAGAGAAACACUCCUUCACAGGGUCUACACUGAGCUCUACAUCACAGAAGAUCUGAGAGAAGAAGUUCACACCCAACAUGAGGUGAUGCAGCUGGAGACAACCAGCAACCCCAACAAGCUCCAUAACACUGCGAUCAGGAACCCAGACAUCUUUAAAGUCUUACCUGACCAACACAGAUCCAUCAGAGUGGUUCUGACCAGCGGAGUUGCAGGAGCUGGAAAAAGCUUCUCAGUGCAGAAGUUCACUCUGGACUGGGCCGAGGGCUUGGAGAACCAAGACAUCAGUGCUGUGGUUCCUCUGUCCUUCAGGGAGCUGAACAUGAUCAGAGAUGAGCAGCACAGUCUUUUCACUCUGAUCCAGCGUUUCCAUCCAACACUCCAGAAGAUCCCAGCAGAACAGCUGUCUGUCUGUAAACCUCUGUUCAUCUUUGAUGGGCUGGAUGAAAGCAGACUUUCUCUAAACUUCAACAACAGUCCGGUGGUGUCUGAUGUCACACAGAAGUCCUCAGUCUAUGUGCUGCUCACUAACCUCAUUCAGGGACAUCUGCUGCCCUCAGCUCUGGUCUGGAUCACUUCCAGACCGGCAGCAGCCAAUCAGAUCCCUCCUUCAUGUGUGGACAGACUGACAGAAGUACGAGGCUUUAAUGAUGUUCAGAAGGAGGAGUACUUCAAGAAGAGGUUCCCAGAUGAAGAACUGUCCAGCAAAAUCAUCUCCCAUAUCAAGGGAUCCAUGUCCCUCUACAUCAUGUGUGAAGUUCCAGUCUUCUGCUGGAUCACUGCUGUUGUUCUGGAGAACAUGCUGACAACAGAGCAGAAAACAGACCUGCCCACCACCCUGACUGAUAUGUACUCACACUUCCUGAUGGUCCAGACAAAAAGGAAGAAGAACAAGUACCAGCAGAAACAUCAGACAAGUCCACAAGAGCUGACAGAGACUGAGAGGGAAGUUCUUCUGAAGCUGGGGAGGCUGGCAUUUGAACAUCUAAAGAAAGGAAACAUCAUGUUCUACCAAGAAGAUCUGCAGCAGUGUGGAGUGGAUGUCACAGAGGCCUUUGUGUACUCUGGAAUUUGCACUGAGAUCUUCAGAAAAGAGUGUGAGAUCUUCCAGAAACCGGUCUACAGCUUUGUUCAUCUGAGCGUUCAGGAGUUUCUGGCUGCAGUCUACAUGUUCCACUGUUACUCCAACAGGAUGGUAAAGGUCAUUGAGGACUUCCUGGAGUUCAAUACGAAAAAUCCAUCCCUGGAUGAGUUUCUGAGCGGAGUCAUGGAGAAAUCCAUGCAGAGUAAAACUGGACAUUUGGACCUGUUUGUCCGCUUCCUUUACGGUCUCUCCGUGGAGUCAAACCAGAGACUCUUAGGAGACCUGUUGAGUCAGACAGAUAAGAAUCCAGGAAUCUUCCAAAAAAUUAUAAACAACCUGAAAGAGAUUAACAGUUCGGAAGUCUCUCCUGACAGGAGCAUCAACAUCUAUCACUGUCUGAUGGAAAUGAAGGACCUCUCAAUUCAUCAGGAGACCCAAGAGUUCCUGAAGUCAGGGAACAAAUCAAAAAUCAAACUCUUAGAGAUCCAUUGCUCAGCUCUGGCCUACACUCUGAAAAUGUCAGAAGAGGUUCUGGAUGAGCUGGACCUGAACCAGUACUUGACAUCAUAUGAGGGUCAACGUAGACUGAUCCCAGCUGUGAGGAACUGCAGAAGGUUCAGAACUCCAGAACGAGUAGAAUUCUCAGAGACUGACUAUGAAAUUUUGGCCUCAGCUCUGAAGUCCAACCCGUCCCACCUGACAGAACUGGACCUGAAUGCUAAUUUCAUGAAGGAUUCAUCCAUGGAGGUUCUGUGUUCUGGAUUACAAAGACCAAACUGCAGACUGCAGAUUCUGAGGUUGGAGACCUGCGAUUUGUCAGAGAUCGGCUGGAAAGCUCUGGGCUCAGCUCUAAAGUCCAACCCAUCCAGUCUAACAGAACUGAACAUGGGCAGGAACAAUCUGGGGGAUUCAGGAUUUCUUAAUCUGCGUGGUUUUCUAGAGAGUCCAGACUGCAGACUGCAGAUUCUGAGAUUGAGGAACUGCGAGUUGUCAGAGAUCAGCUGUGAAGCUCUGGGCUCAGCACUUAAGUGCUACCCAUCUAAUCUGACAGAACUGGACCUAAGCCAGAACGACCUCAAGGAUUCAGGAUUUCUUCAUCUGCGUGGCUUUCUAGAGAGUCCAGAUUGCAGACUGCAGAUUCUGAGGUUGUGGAACUGCAGUUUGUCAGAAAUCAGCUGUGAAGCUCUGGGCUCAGCACUGAAGUCCAACCCAUCCAAUCUAAAAGAACUGGAGCUGAGCCAUAAUGACCUUCAGGAUUCAGGAUUUCUUCAUCUGCGUGGUUUUCUGCAGAGUCCAGACUGCAGACUGCAGAUUCUAAGGCUAUGGAACUGCAAGUUGUCAGAGAGCAGCUGUGAAGCUCUGGGCUCAGCACUUAAGUCCUACCCAUCUAAUCUGACAGAACUGGACCUAAGCCAGAACGACCUCAAGGAUUCAGGAUUUCUUCAUCUACGGGGUUUUCUGGAGAGUCCAGACUCCAACAUGCAGAUUCUGAGGUUGAACAACUGCAGUUUGUCUGAGAUCAGUUUGGAAGCUGUGGUCUCAGCUCUGAAGUCCAACCCAUCCAAUCUAACAGAACUGCACUUCAGUCACAACAUGGUGCAGGGUUCAGGAUUUCUUCAUCUGUGGGAUUUUCUGGAAAGUCCAGACUGCAGACUGCAGACUCUGAGGCUGGAGUUCAGCAGCUUGUCAAAGAUCAACUGUGAAGCUCUGGUCUCAGCUCUGAAGUCCAACCCGUCCCACCUGACAGAACUGAACCUGAGCUUCAACAACCUUCAGGAAUCAGAGGCUCAGCAGCUUCAGGAUCUUGUGGACAGUCCAAACUUCAAACUGCAGACUCUGAGUUGUGGGGGAAGUGGCUGGUGGGUCUGAUGUUUCUCCUGAUGGAACAGAGAGGAGCAGACGCAGAGAUGUUCCGACUGGAUUGUUUUCCUGGGAGAUGGAGAGCAGAGUGAUGGAGGAAUCAGAGGAAGUGGAGAUGAGUGUCAGAACUGCAGCAUGAACUGAUCUAAGAUCAGCUCCACUGUCUCUCUCAGCAUCAAGUGGACAGUUUAUGUACUGGUGGACUGAUGGAGAAAAGUAUUUCAUCUUCUCAUUCUAACUUGGAGUGUUGAGUAGGGGUGUGUAUCGGCAAGAGUCUAGCGACACGAUACGUAUCCCGACACGGGUCCAACAAUAUGAUACAUAUUGAAAUAUUAUGCUAGAACACAAUUUUUUUUUGUAUGACUAAUAUAAAAACUCUACCGGAAUAUUAAUAUGCCUUCAUCGUAAUAUAAUGAUAAAAUUAUUUUUAUUUAUUGAUUACAAUGAUGAGCACUGCAACUGUAUCUCAUUAACAAGUUGCUUUUAUCCAAGCAAAUUCAUUGUGCUUUUAUUUUGGCAAACUAAAAUAUAUUUGUUUUUAGAGGGAACAAUCAACAUUGUCUGAUUUCCACGACAAAAUAUUUUUCAGUAUAAGAAAAAACAGAAUGCAUGUGUCGUAAAUAACAAGGUCCUAAAAGUAUGAUUGAGGAAAUAAAGUACUGUUUAUUUUCAACAGGGCUUAUUGUAGCUUCUCCAGUACUUUUAAACAGUUCAGGAGGCUGAACGGUGCUUCAAAAAAACAAACCACAAAUUCAUUCCAGAAAUAUUCAAGUGUGAUGAGGCAGCAUGAUAGGGUGAAGGAGAGCACUUUAAUGUGGCUAAGAUGCUUUAUUUACAUGACAGUCUGCACUGCAGCUCCGCUUUGUCACACGCGAUAGUAAAAACGUAUUUCACCGCUCAUCAUCAUAACGUUGGCCUUUUUUCAGAGCAUUGUAUGCAGAACUCGUUGAUGCAACACACAUGCACUUAGGAUACAAGUCAUAAGUACCCUAGUCUGCUGAAACAAAUAUUAAAGUAUAAAAUUACCUAAAAGAGUCGAUAUUGCUGUGGACUUAGCUGUCGAACAAUCAAAUUGAGGUUGUUUUAAAACUUGAUGAAGCUCUUUGUCCUGAAUACUAAAGAUCUGAAUCUACGUCCUCAGGGUAACAAACUGUGGUGUUUAUGACAAUCAGUAAACCUAUUUUUUUGAA